AUGCAGACGCGGACAGACAGAUGGGCAGUGGCCAGACAGGCGUGGCUGACGCGCCUCAGACAGGCAGGCCCGCACGAGAUCUUCCGGGCCCUGAUAAGGACCAUUGUGGACGGAGAGCAAGUGGCCAAGAUGGCUGUGAUGCCUGGGGACAUGGUGGUGCGGAUGGAAACCACGGACCGCGAGCUGCAGGUCUACUCUGCUGGCGCUUUCGCGCGCGACUUUCAGCUUCCCGGGGAAGAGAUUCAGGACGCUUCACCCGAGAUGCAAGCCUUGAACAGCCGAGGCUACAAAUGCUAUUGGCAUCAGGGCGUUGCUUUGCUAUACCAAGUGACAGAAGAAGAUGUGGAG